UCAAUGAGGUAUAAGGGGAAAGGCAAUAUCAGGGAGUACAUCAUGGAGAUGUCUCAUCUUGCUUCCAAGCUGAAAGCACUUAAGCUUGAACUCUCUGAGCACUUGCUGGUGCAUCUGGUUUUGAUAUCCCUUCCGACACAGUUUAAUCAGUUUAAGGUGAGCUACAACUGUCAGAAAGAGACUUGGUCUCUGAAUGAGCUCAUCUCACACUGUGUUCAGGAAGAGGAAAGGCUGAAGCAAGAUAAGGUAGAAAGUGCUCACCUGGCCUCAACCUCUAAGGACAAGAACAAGGGACAGAAAAGAAAGAAGGGUAAGGAAGCUGCAGAUACAGCAUCUCAGAAGAAACAACAAAAGAAAUCGGAUCAGCCGGCAGGUACUAGUUGUUUCUUCUGUGGAGCUGAAGGGCAUCAGAAGAAGCAUUGCACCAACUAUCACGCAUGGCGUGCUAAGAAAGGGUUGCCUGAGUUGCCGAGAGCCAAGUGAUGGUGAAAGAUACAUCUAUGUGGGCGAUGGCAAGACAGUUCGAGUUGAGGCAAUAGGGAAAUUUAGAUUAUUGUUAAAGACUGGAUUUUAUUUGGAUCUUAAUGAAACUUUUGUUGUACCGUCUUUUAGACGGAAUUUGAUUUCUGUUUCUGUUUUGGACAAAUUUGGUUAUUCUUGUUCAUUUGGAAAUGGAAAAUUCAGUUUGUUUCAUGAUUCAAAA